GAAUUGGUCCCGGAGAUCCCGAUGUAACCUGGCCGUCUCAUCACUACCAUGCCUCUCCUUGCGUUCACGCUCAGCGAGGACGCCGUUUCGGCCCUUCGCGACGCUCUCAUCUGCCUCAACAAGUUCAGCGAUGACGUGUCUUUCGAAGCGCAGAAGGACAAAUUCGUCCUGACGGCUCUGAACUCUUCAAAGUCUGCAUACGCCUGCUUCACCUUCUCCACCGCCCGUUUCUGCUCCCGGUACGCCUUCGACGGUCGCGAUAAGUUCUACUGCACGCUCUACACGCGAGCUCUCAUCUCGAUAUUCCGCAGCCGCGCAUCCGGUGAUCUGCAGCGCGGCAUCGCCAGCGGCGCCGACAGGUCCGACGGUCGGGACGGUGCCAUUGACCGCUGCGAGGUGUCGGUCGAGGAUGGGCCUGGCGUGCAGGUGAGCCGGUUCGUUGCCAAGCUCAUCUUCCGCAACGGCCUGGCGUCAACACAUCGGCUGCCCUUUGAGGUGGCUGUGCCCGUGCAUGCCAAGUUCAGCCGGGAGGAAGCCGGCAACCACUGGACCAUCCCGUCGAGGACGUUGCGACAGCUGAUGGAGCACUUUGGGCCUGGUGUGGAGUUGCUGGACAUCUGCUCGGAUGGCGAGCAUGUCAAGUUCACGUGCUUUACCGAGAAGACUAAACCGCUUCACACGUCCAUUGCCAUUGAGAUUGACGAGUUCGAAGACAUUGAAGUCGAAGACAAGCUCCGAAUCGUCAUGAACGUCCGCGACUUCCGCGCCAUCAUCCAGCACGCCGGCAUCGCUGGCACCAAUCUAUCCGCCCGCUACUCGACCCCCGCCCGACCCAUCCAGGUGACGUACCCGGGCGACGGCAUCGCCUGCGAGUUUCUUCUCAUGACGGUGGGCGAGCGCGGCGGCAACCCGGCGCAGAAGACGCGCAAGGGCAGCAAGGCCGUCAACGGAGCCAGGCAACGGCAGCAGCUAGAGCCCACGUCGAGGAGGGCAAGCGCUGCGCCGUCGCAGGCGUCUGAGAGGCAGCCCGACGUAGAGGACCAGGCGCCCCCCAAGGAGAACACUGGCCCGCACAUCAACCAAGCUGCCGCCGAGAACAGCAACGAUGUGAACCCGACUCCAGCCAGUAGCUACGGCUUUGAGCCAACGCAGAGGUUGUCCGACGUGGAGAGGCUGGGGUUGUUUUACAGAGGGAGCUGA